AUGUAUUGUGAUGAUGCAAUAUCUUUCAAUCCCAUAAUAACCAGCACUCCAGCAUUUAAACAACCACAGACUGAUUCCAAUUUGUAUACUAACAACAACGAUAGUUCACUUUCCAGUCCGCCAACGAUUCUAACAACCAAAAACAUAUUCAGGACGGAGAUUGUGAGCAUCCUUGAAGAUUGGUAUGCGAGGCACGUUGAUGAUCCAUACGUUACUGAGGAUGACCUCAAAAACUUGACGAAUCAAUGUCAGCUGGAGGAGAAGCAAGUAAGAAAAUGGCUGGCAAACAGGAGGUGCAGAUCCAGGAACACACUCAAAUACAAUGGAAAGAAACAUCCGCUUUGCAGAAACAAACAACAUUAA